GAAGAUGGCGGCCGAUGAUCUGUAACACAUCAAAAACUGUAUAAGGCGUAACUAAGCUGCACCGAUGCCACCGUCAUGGAAAAAUAUUGUUUGUAUGAGAUUGUGCUAAGCUGCACUACACAACAACAGAACUACAGCACACUGGUACCAUGAAUCACAAUGAGCCGGCUACUACUGGUAUGGGUGGCGCUGACGCUAAUCGACAGCUCACAGCAGCACGCGCGCGUCUUCAACCGCUGUCAACUGUCGCGCGAGCUGCUCCGCUACAACUUCCCGCGCGCGCAGAUCGCCAACUGGGUGUGCCUCAUCGAGCACGCGAGCGGCCGAACCACGGACAAAGUUACCAACCACAACAACGCGUACACAAGUUUCGGCCUGUUCCAGAUCAAUAACAAAGAGUGGUGCAAGAAGGGCAAACGAGGCGGCCACUGCAAUAUGAAAUGUGAAGACCUGUUAAACGAAGACUUGAACGAUGAUGUAAGGUGCGCCAAGAGAAUUUACGACCGGGUCGGAUUCAAGAACUGGCCAGCUUCGUUCGCCUACUGCAAAGACAAAAGCCUACCAGACCUGUCUAAAUGUUAAUUCCAGUCAAAAGCAGCAGCAAAGACUUUAAUCUCCCUACCUAAUAUAAAUAAUACCUACGAAAGAAGGAUAAAAAAGUAAUUUUUCUAGGUUUUGUACACAAAAAUGGAGUUAGACUAACUGACGUAUAGAAAGUUUUCUUCGUGGUAAAAAGCUUUGAUCGAAAGUA